AUGGAUUGUGAUAUUUCUGGUUAUCACGUCGAAUCAUUCAAUUUUUUGGCCGAUGAAGGAUUUCAAGCAAUUGCUGAAGACAUUCCUCCUGUCAAAUUAAAAUUACCAAAUGGGGAUGCUGUUGAAUUUUGGUACACAAAUGCUCGGUUAGGAAAGCCUCAUUUAGAUAAUUCAAAAAUGGGUGGUGAUAUAGGCAAUUGUCCAAUCUAUCCAGCAGAAUGUAGACAAAGACGAUUAACUUAUCGAGCACCCCUUAACGUUUGUAUUGAUUUACAGUUAAAUGGAAGAAAGAUUGAUACAGUUGAUUUACUUUUGGCAGAAAUUCCUGUAAUGCUUUGUUCUAAUAGAUGUAAUUUAUAUGGAUUGAAAAGAAAAGAAUUAAUUGCUAAAGGAGAGGAAGCUUUGGAAAGAGGUGGUUAUUUUAUUGUAAAUGGUUCAGAAAAAAUUAUGCGCCUACUUAUCGCAAAUAAACGUAAUUAUCCCUUAGCGGUUAAAAGGAAAACUUUUAGAGAAAAAGGUUUUUUUAAUUUUAAAAAAUUGUCUAAAAUUUAUUCUAAAGGAAAACUUUAUUCUGAAUUUGCUGUAAUGAUGAGAUGUUUUAGAGGAAAUCAUUAUUGUUCAUUAAUUACUCUACAUUAUCUUGAAAGUCUUUCAAUGACACUUCUUAUACAAGUAUUUUUUGUUCCUUUGUAUCGCCGUGAAAUUUUUUAUGUUCCUUUAAUUUACGUAAUUAAAUGUUUGGUCGAUUGGAAUGAUGCUCAAAUUUAUAAUCAAUUAAUUGCUGGAAGGCCUAAUGAUCAAUUUUGGGCUAAAUGUGUUCGAAAUAUGUUAACGGUUGCGCAGGCUUGCCAAUUUUUAUUAACUCAUUGUUUGGCUGUUCACUUAAAAACUGAUGAACAGAAAUUUUAUUGUUUGGCUAUGAUGGCACAAAAAUUAGUUGCUUUGGUUAAAAAUGAAAUUCAGCCAGAAUCUCUUGAUAACCCACAAUUUCAGGAAUUUAUAAAAGCAUUUUCUUCACAUAAAAACAAUGAACUUUCUCGUGGUCUAGAAUAUUUUCUAGCAACGGGGAAUUUAAUUACAAGAACGGGUGUUGGAUUAAUGCAAUUAACUGGUUUUGCUGUUAUUGCUGAAAGAAUUAAUCAAUUGAGAUUUGUUUCACAUUUUCGUGCAAUUCAUCGUGGUGCAUUUUUUAUGGAAAUGCGUACAACGGAUGUUAGAAAAUUGAGACCUGAAGCUUGGGGAUUUAUUUGUCCAGUCCAUACACCUGACGGUGCUCCCUGUGGCCUUUUAAAUCAUGUUACUGCAUCAACUAAUAUUGUUACACAUUUUACUCAAAGUCCUAGAAAAUUACAAGAAACGCUUUCGUCUUUGGGUAUUAUUCCGCACAGUUCUUUGGCAAUACUUCCGGAUGAACCUCUUUAUCCUGUUGUUGUUGAUGGAAAUUUUGUUGGUUAUUUAUCGUGUAGAAAGGCAGCAUUUGUUGAAAGGCAACUCAGAGCAAUUAAAGUUAGCGAAUUCGAUGACAGAGUAAUUAGAAUAGUUUUCAAAUUUUCUAAAAAAAAUUUUAAGAUUUCAAAAUUUGCUGAAAUAACUUUGAUUAGAAAUUCCCCUGAUCCCGAAAAUAUCCAAACUCAAUAUCCUGGUUUAUAUAUCUACACACUUCCUGGCCGGCUCUAUCGUCCAGUUAAGAAUUUAUUAUUGAAUGGGCAAACGGAAUAUAUUGGUAUGUUUGAACAAGUUUAUUUAUCGAUUGUUAUUGAUCCUGAUGAAGCAGAACCUGGUGUAACUAUGCAUCAAGAAUUGCAUCCAUCUGCACUUUUCUCCUUUGCGGGGAAUUUAAUUCCAUUUCCUGAUCACAACCAAUCGCCAAGAAAUGUUUAUCAGUGUCAAAUGGGAAAGCAAACAAUGGGGGUCCCAGUUCAUGCUUGGAGGCACCGCGCUGACGGCAAAAUGUAUUUACUUCAAACUCCACAAAAACCUUUACUUAAAUUAGAGGCUCAUGAUAAAUAUGAAAUGGAUGAAUAUCCUUUGGGAACAAAUGCUUGUGUUGCCGUAAUUUCUUAUACUGGUUAUGAUAUGGAAGAUGCAAUGGUAAUAAAUAAGGGAUCAUAUCAAAGAGGAUUUGCCCACGGAACAGUAAUUAAAGUUGAAAGAAUAAAUUUAGCAGAGCAUUCAAAUGCACGUUUUGGGAGGAAAUCCGAUUGUGAAGUUGUAUUUUGUGGUGAACCAAAUGAUGUUAGACCUGCCAGUUUAGAUGCUGAUGGACUUCCAAUUCAAGGGCGUUGUUAUCAAUAUGGAGAUUUUUAUUAUUGUACUUUUAAUUUGAUCAGUGGAGAAUUUAGAAAAUUUAAAUAUACUUCUAGUGAACCUGGUUAUUGUGGAAUUGUUAGAAUUGUAAGAGAUGAAAAUGUUCCUGAUGCUAAAGUGCAUGCAUUAAUUCAAUGGAGAAUUCAAAGGAAUCCAAUUAUUGGAGAUAAAUUUGCAUCAAGGCAUGGUCAAAAAGGAAUUAAUUCAUUUCUUUGGCCUCCAGAAUCAAUGCCAUUUUCUGAAUUUGGAAUGGUUCCAGAUAUUCUUUUUAAUCCUCACGGGUUUCCUUCUCGAAUGACAAUUGGAAUGAUGAUUGAGAGUAUGGCUGGAAAAGCAGCAGCAACACAUGGGGAUACUUUUGAUGCUUCUCCUUUUGUUUUUAAUGAACAAAAUACGGCUAUAGAACAUUUUGGGAAAAUGUUAUCAAGAGCUGGUUAUAAUCAUUAUGGAGAAGAAACUAUGUAUUCAGGCGUGGAUGGACGUGAAAUGAAAGUUCAAAUUUUCUUCGGUAUUGUUUAUUAUCAACGUUUACGGCAUAUGAUUUCUGAUAAAUUCCAAUGUCGUUCAACCGUUACUCUUCAACCUGUAAAAGGUCGUAAACGUGGUGGGGGUGUUAGAUUUGGGGAAAUGGAAAGAGAUUCAUUAAUAGCCCAUGGAACAGCUUUUUGCUUACAAGAUCGUCUUUUAAAUUGUUCAGACAAAGAAGAAGCUCAUGUCUGUGGAAGAUGUGGUUCAAUAGUUUCUGUUAGUCAACUUAAACCACACAUGGCUAUGCUUAAAUAUGGCGCUAUUGAAGAUGAUUUUCAAAAAUUUACUCAAAUUCAUUGCUCGCUUUGUAAAAAAGAUGAUCAAGUUUUUCAAGUUCAAAUACCACGUGUUUUUCGCUAUCUUUGUGCCGAACUUAGUGCUGUUAAUGUAAAGAUACAAUUAUCUAUUGCACAUCCCCGUGAUAUUAAACAUUAA